GAGCCAACCUGUGUGUGCCCGUGAGGCCUGAGGGUCCAGACUCACCACAUUCCUGCUCCCCGCAUGGAGGACGGAGGACUUUACCCUCCUCCCCCCCGCAGCCUGGAGGUGGGAUUUGCUGCUCCAUUCGUAGAAGAGGAGACUGGGUUCAGAGUGGCCCAGGGUCCUCCCCUUCACAGGGCUUGUCUCCACCCACCUCCUUACCUCUCGAGUCAUUGGCUGCGCUGCGGACCCAGCUUUCCUGGAUUCCGGGUACAGAACCACCUGCUGCGUGUUUGCCGCCAGAGCAGGGCCCACCUGGCCCGCAUUCGCCAGCUGUGCUCUAUGCACCGCGCACCAGCUGUGCACGGGCGCCCAGGCCCCCAAAUCCCGGGGGCGGCACCUGUAUGACCCCAUUCUAUGGAGGAGAAAGCUGAGGCCCAGAGGAGCUCCGCACGCGCCAAGGCCACGCAGGGAGUAACGGCAGACGAGGCCUGCAGCCGCCUCUGCUCCAGGAAGGCCCUGCGAGCCCAGAGCACAAUCACCCGGCCGAGCCGCGGGCACUGCGGGCCUCCCUGCCGACUGGAUGCAGCUGGACAGCCGAGCUCUCGUCCUGAUCACGUCUGUACCCAUCGGGGGCCUCCAGCAGGGCCUGGGGCGCCGGCUCAUCUGUGCGUUUGGGCAGCAGGUCCCUGAGGUCUGCUUUGCCCCAGCCGCCGGGCAGCUGACCUGCUCUGCCCAGAGCCCCUCCACCAGCUGUGGACGUCGGGAGGGGACCCAGAACAGGGCGGUCAUUCCCCCGGGGUGGACGGGGCUGAAGCAGGGCACUGAGUUGGUGGAGAGACAGGCCCGGCACCUGCACCCGCUCCUCUCUGCAGCCCCAGGACCCUGCAGCCCAGCCCUGAGGCUGAGGGACCCCUUCCUGCCCUGCAGUGCCUCCGGAUUGGGGGUCCCCAUCCCGCCCUGGCCCAUGGCCCGAUGGUGGAGAGCGGGGCCUUCAUUCUCACCCCACGAGGCGGGCGAGGAGGGGGGCCGCCGUGCCAAGGCCCGGAGGGAGGACAAAGGGCUCUGGGUCCUGCUGACUCAGCACCUCCUCCCAGAGCAGCACCAAGGGCUGGAGGAGGGGAGCCCGGGGCUCGAGGACGAGGGCCAGGGCAGGUUCUGAAGCUUCAGCCAGUGUCUGCGGAGGCUGCAGGGGCGGGGAGCUUGGAGCACGGGGCAGGGGCCGCUCCGCUCCCAGACCCAGGAGGCCUGGGUUCUGCCCAAGACGCCCCACAUCCCCGCCCCCCCCCACACACACCGUGGGCCUCAGCUGCCCUGACCGCAGAGGGGCCGAGCUUGCCCGGUGGGGACGUGUGAGGGGCCUUCCUGAUCGUCCAUGGCCCAGAGGCUGGUGUCUUCACGGGCCCAGGGGGUGACCCGGAACCCACCCUGUGACCCAGGCCUGAGGGGAGGGCUU